CCUCCAGGUCCUCCUAUGACUCCUUCCUUCUCCCUGUAUUUGCCUCACUGUAUGUCCUCCACUCAUCUCCCAGCCCCUACCUGUCUUGGGUUGAGGGAGCCCAUCAUGGGAAGGGGAGGGUGAGGGGUCCGGGCAACUAGAAUGGAAAGGGUUGAGGAGAGGGGAAGUCUGGAGCGGUCAGUCUCUUCCUCUCUUUGUGAAGUCACUGAAGGACUGCCUGGCUGGUCCCCAGCUUUCUCCCUGGAGAUCCCAGGCCUUCACAGCAGGAAGGAACCAGCAUUGUUUACGACUUGGCCAGAGCCCUCUUUGCUCCCUCCCUUCCCUGCCAUGGCCUGGGUGGGGCCACCAGGCCUGGACUCCCCCUUUGUAAGACCACACCAACAAUACCUCUCUGGCCCUCUCAGCUCAGCUUACGACCAUGUACGUGAGACACGCGUGGCCAUCAAGAAAAUCAGCCCCUUCGAGCAUCAGACCUACUGCCAGCGCACGCUGCGGGAAAUCCAGAUCUUGCUGCGCUUCCGCCAUGAGAAUGUCAUCAGCAUCCGAGACAUUCUUCGGGCACCUACCCUGGAUGCCAUGAGGGACGUCUACAUUGUGCAGGACCUGAUGGAGACAGACCUGUACAAGUUGCUCAAAAGCCAGCAGCUGAGCAACGACCACGUCUGCUACUUCCUCUACCAGAUCCUUCGGGGCCUCAAGUAUAUCCACUCAGCCAACGUGCUCCACCGGGAUUUAAAGCCCUCCAACCUGCUCAUCAACACCACCUGCGACCUUAAGAUCUGCGAUUUUGGCCUGGCCCGGAUUGCCGAUCCUGAGCAUGACCACACUGGCUUCCUGACAGAAUAUGUGGCCACACGCUGGUACCGGGCCCCAGAGAUCAUGCUUAACUCCAAGGGCUACACCAAGUCCAUUGACAUCUGGUCUGUGGGCUGCAUUCUGGCUGAGAUGCUCUCCAACCGGCCCAUCUUCCCUGGCAAGCACUACCUGGACCAGCUCAACCACAUUCUGGGUAUCCUGGGCUCCCCAUCCCAGGAGGACCUGAAUUGUAUCAUCAACAUGAAGGCCCGAAACUACCUGCAGUCUCUGCCUUCCAAGACCAAGGUGGCCUGGUCCAAGCUAUUCCCCAAGUCGGACUCCAAAGCCCUUGACCUGCUGGACCGGAUGUUGACCUUUAACCCCAAUAAACGGAUUACAGUAGAAGAAGCCCUGGCUCACCCCUACCUGGAGCAGUACUAUGACCCAACAGAUGAGCCAGUGGCGGAGGAACCUUUCACCUUUGACAUGGAGCUGGAUGAUCUACCCAAGGAGAGGCUGAAGGAGCUCAUAUUCCAGGAGACAGCCCGCUUCCAGCCUGGGGUGCUGGAGGCCACCUAGCCUGAACAGAUGUCUCUGCUCCCUGGGGCUUGGCCCUGCCUCCUGCCUGCCCCUUCCCUGCUGGACUGUUAGAAAAUGGACACUGUGCCCAGCCCGGACCCCCGCAGCCCAGGUCGGGACACAGGGUGGGCCUGGCCACCUACCCUUGCUUUGCUCAGGCCUCCUGCUUUAGGCAGGCCAAGGCUCCCUCCAUCCCAUCCCCUCCCUCCCAGGACCUGCAGGGCUCAGGUGGCCCCAAAGCAAAUUCCCCUCAGCUGUCCUGCCUUCCUCUACCCAGCCAUCCCAGUCUGAUAGUUCUGGAAUCAAAGGGCUCUGGCUGCCCUGUGACCUACUGAAGGAUGGUGGGGGAUGGGGGACACUGAGUAGGGGACUCAUGGCCAGCCCUGCCCCACUCACCUCAUUAAAACCCCACCCAUUUUCCCUCAAGGAACAUUCCUAAGGCUCAAGGGCUAGUAUCUUUGAGGAGCAGGGCCCUGCCUAAACCCCCUUCCCCCUAAGCUGCCACAUCUAACGCUCCUGCUGCUUCUGUGUGUGGUGAACAGAAGUGGAGGUGGGGGGGCUCGUGGAGAGCCCAGUGCCCCUGCCCACCCCUGUGCCUGUAUCUAAUAUAUAAAUAUAGAGAUGUGUAUAUG